AAGGUGCAGUAGAAGUAGACUCAAAAAAAUAGCUAGUAAAAAAGUACACCACCAAAGCGACAAAUCUUUGGAUUUUUCAUCUGCUCUACGCAUUAAAUUCAUCAAAUCCCUUUCAAGGGAAGAAGAGUAACAGAACAAAAGCUAAGGCAUGGAUGUGGGUCAGAUGCAGAGAAGGCUGCUGGACUACACUAAGUCCUUGUUCAUGGAGGGUGUUUUGGAUGGUCAGUUUUUACAGCUUCAGCAGCUGCAAGAUGAAAGCAAUCCAGAUUUUGUUGUUGAAGUGGUCUCUCUCUUUUUUGAAGAUUCUGAGAGGCUUCUCAAUGAUCUCACCAGGGCUCUAGAUCAGCCAAAUGUGGACUUCAAAACGGUUGAUUCCCAUGUUCAUCAGUGGAAGGGUAGCAGUUCAAGCAUAGGAGCAUCGAGAGUUAAAAAUGGUUGCAUUGCUUUCCGCAACUUCUGUGAGGAACAGAACAUUGAAGCGUGCCUGAGGUGUUUGCAACAAGUGAAACAAGAGUACUACCUUGUGAAGAACAAGCUUGAGACUCUGUUCAGGAUGGAACAACAGAUUGUGGCAGCUGGAGGAUCAAUUCCCAUUCUGGAAUUAAGUUUUUAAAGUUCAUCAAAUCGAAUGGAAAGCAAGUAAAUUUGGUGGGAUUACUGUAGAGUAGCUUUUGUAAUCCCCUACUAUUGCUUCUUCUUUAAGACUCUUAAGUAAUCAGCCUGUGGUUUGUAUGAAUAUUUUCUUUAAAAAAAAUGGGAGAGAUUUCCAUCUGUUUCCACGUUCUAUUAUCA